UAUUCGGUCGUUGGAGCGUCGCGGUAGUCAUGUUUUUGCGUUCGUGAUACUUUUCGGGGAGCGUGCUUUGUUUACUGAAAAAAGGGAUAUUUUCCGCUUCUUUCUAAUAUUGCUUUAUUUUUACCGCCACAAUGACUGAGGAUGUUCAGAAGCACUCAGUCCACACUCUGGUCUUCAGAUCUCUUAAAAGGACUCAUGAUAUGUUUGUGUCUGAUCACGCCAAGUCCAUCUCGCUGGAUGAUGAAAGCCACAAGUUGAAGAUGGGGGUUAAACUGAAAGCAGACUACGGUGCAGUGUUACACCUGCCCAUCCUGAGGGAAGGGAAAGACAGAGACUCACACCUUUCGGGCAGCAUGGAAGGCCACCAGAACUACUCGCUCCUGGAGGGAGGUGGGACCAGAAAUUCUGCCCUCAUGAGGAGAGCGCCCACAAUGCCCAAACCUCAGUGGCAUCCGCCAUGGAAACUGUUUCGGGUCAUCAGCGGCCACCUUGGCUGGGUGAGGUCCAUCGCUGUAGAGCCUGGGAAUCAGUGGUUUGUCACAGGCUCUGCUGAUAGGACUAUAAAGAUCUGGGACCUGGCCAGUGGAAAACUGAAACUCUCUCUGACUGGACACAUCAGCACAGUGCGUGGGGUGGCGGUCAGCAGCCGCAGUCCUUACCUUUUCUCUUGCGGGGAGGACAAGCAGGUCAAAUGUUGGGAUCUGGAGUACAACAAGGUAAUUAGGCACUAUCACGGACACCUCAGCGCAGUGUAUGAUCUGGAUCUGCAUCCAACCAUCGACGUGCUCGUGACGUGCAGCAGAGAUGCCACAGCGAGGGUAAGCUCUUACUUUGUGUUGAAUCAGUGGUUGUUAAUCAUAAUGGAAAAUGACCGAAACAGAGUAGAGUCAAGGCACAUAGUUUACAAGGAGGAUGACACCGCUACAGAAGAAAGCCACCCAGUCAACUGGAAACCAGAAAUCCUCAAGAGAAAAAGAUUCUAGAGAUUUCUUAUUUGUUUUUCUUGCCACAGUAACAGCAGUGAAUUUUAUUUCCACCAACUUUUGUUUGCUCGUGCUUUUUCUGUCAGGCAAACUCUCAGCUUUCACAGAAGCAUCCCUCUUUAUUCUAAAAACCUUUUGCAGUCCUCGUUGUAUGAUGUUAGUCUGAUAAAGCAGCCGUUACGGACUGCCAGGAACCUCCCCGAGUGUUUGUUCUUGAUGAUAACGGCUCUCUGAUAGCUCUGAUCCGACUCGUCCACCAACAGAAGCCACUCUUCACCUUCAGAAGGACAGACUUCAGAGUGGACCUGCUCCCUGCUCAAGUCAAACCCUUCAAAGGAAAUGUAUUUGGAAGUUUUAACCAAGAAAGAAAAAACUUGUAUUGUUUCAGCAGAAUUGGUUUUGUACAGACAUGGAAAGUUUAUUAUGCUCCAUUUGAAUAAAGACCACAUUUUUCACA